UCUGUGCACUUGUGCAGUCUGUCUACAGUAGUCUUCAGUAGAGGAUCAGACUGGAGCCGGUCAUGUCUCCGUGGGUCGCUGCUGUGCUCCUGGCCGCUGUUUUCUCCAGGAUCUCAGCCUUUAAUCUGGACACCACCACCAUCCUCACUAAAGAGGGCGAGCAGGGCAGCUUCUUCGGCUUCUCUGUGGCUCUACACCAGCAGAUCACGCCAGAACCCCGCAGCUGGGUUCUGGUUGGAGCUCCUCAGGCCAGAGGUGUGGGUCCCCUGCAGAGCCAGCGUCCCGGAGCCCUGUACCGCUGCCCCGUCAGUGCAGAGCCCUGCCAGCGGGUGGAUGUGGACGCACAUGAGAGUCUGGACCGAGAGAGCAAAGACAACCAGUGGUUUGGGGUCACAGUCAAGAGCCAGGGCGCAGGGGGGAAAGUGGUGGUGUGUGCGCACCUGUACGAGCUCAGACAGCAUGUGAAUCAGUCGUUUGAGACUCGCGACCCUGUGGGCCGCUGCUAUGUGCUGAGUGCGGAUCUGACGGAGCGGGACGAUCUGGACGGAGGAGAGUGGAAGUUCUGUGAAGGUCGUCCUCAAGGUCAUGAGCAGUUCGGCUUCUGCCAGCAGGGUCUGUCUGCCAGCUUCAGUCCCGACCGCAACUUCCUGCUGCUCGGGGCUCCGGGGACGUACAACUGGAAAGGGCUGUUAUUCAUGGCCAACCCUGUAGAGGACGCUCUGGUCUACAAAACUCUGGAAGCAUCCAAAAGCUCCUUUGAAGACGUAGCCCAGAACAGCUAUCUGGGUUUCUCGGUGGACUCGGCCACAGCACUGGUCAAUAAGUCUGAGCUGACGGUGGUGGCCGGAGCUCCGCGGGCCAAUCACAGCGGGGCGGUGGUGCUGCUGCGGCGGGAUGGGGCGCACCAGCUGGUGCCCAAACACGUGCUGUGGGGAGAGGAGCUGGCAUCCUCGUUCGGGUACUCUGUGGCCACGGCGGACCUCAACAGCGACGGCUGGACGGAUCUGGUCGUCGGAGCUCCAAACUUCUUCGACCGUAAGGCAGAGAUCGGCGGGGCGGUGUAUGUGUUCCUGAACCCAGCCAGCCACUGGGCCAGAGCCCGACCCAUCCGCCUCAAUGGGACAUACGACUCCAUGUUCGGGAUGACGGUCAGCAGCGCUGGAGAUCUGGACCAGGACGGUUAUGAAGACAUCGCUGUCGGAGCCCCGUUUGAUGGAGAUGGAAAAGUGUUUAUUUACCGCGGCUCUUCAUCUGGCAUCGAUACCAAACCCUCUCAGGUUCUGGAUGGGCUUAAUGCAGGCGUGCAGCGCUUCGGUUACUCCAUAUCAGCUGGACUGGAUGUGGACGGUAAUUUGUACCCAGAUCUGGCGGUGGGCUCUCUGAGUGACCAGGUGGUGCUGUACAGGUCUCGGCCGGUCAUCCACGUGCUGCGUGAGAUCUCCAUCCAGCCGCAGUACAUCGACCUCACACAGCAGAACUGCGCAGGACAGCCCGGGGUUUGUGUGGACGUGACGGCCUGUUACACAUACACUGCUUAUCCAGACUCAUACUCUCCGCAUAUCACUCUCGGUGUGCACUUCGAGGCAGACGUAGAGCGCAGGAAGUUGAAUCUCCCGCACAGAGUUCAGUUCCUGGAUCGUGAAUUAUCAGAGCCGGAGUUUGUGCACUCAGUGGAGGUGGAGCUGCGCGGACAGAAACACCCCCACUGCCAGAACGUCACCUUACUGCUGCAGGAGAACAUCCGGGACAAGCUGCGGCCGGUGUCUCUGGCCAUCACACACACCAUACGCAGAAGCAGGCACACACACAAGCACACACACUCUCACACACACCCUCACACACACCAUCAGCUCCACCAGGAGAACCAGCUGAGCCCCGUCCUCAGCGUCAGCCCCUCCAACACACUCUACUCUGAGGUCAACUUUGUACGUGAGGGCUGCGGAGACGAUCAGAUCUGCCAGAGUAACCUGCAGCUGAGCUACGAGUUCGGCAGCAGAGACGCCAGUAGCUUCAGGGCCCUGCCACGAGACGAGUUCGGUGUUCAGGUGUUUUCACUGUCGGACCAGCGGGCGGUGCUGCUGGAGCUCACGGUCACCAACACCCCAUCUGACCCGCUGCGCCCGCUGGAGGAUGGAGAUGAUGCUCACGCCGCACAGCUGCUGGUGUCGCUGCCACACACACUCUCUUACUCUGGGCUUCUAGGCCAGCAGGUACUGUGUGAGGUCAACCAGAAUGGCUCUCAGGCUCUGUGUGAGCUGGGAAACCCUCUGAAGAGAGACGCUGUGGUGAAGUUCUACCUGGUCUUGAGCCCCUCGGCCCUCAGCAUCCACACCACCUCUCUGAGCGUGCAGCUGACUCUGUCCACGAUUAGCGAGCAGCCGUCUCUGGCCCCAGUGUCUGCGUUUGCGCGGGUGGUGAUCGAGCUCCCUCUGGUGCUUAGCGGUGUGGCUCGUCCCCAUCAGCUCUUCUUCAGUGGUGCUGUCAGAGGAGAGAGCGCCAUGAGCACGCUGGAGGACAUCGGCAGCCCGGUGGAGUUGGAGUUCAUUGUGAGUUUAUCACUGCGCUCAGAUCAGUUUCAGCGGCUGCAGAUAAAACACACAUGCUGCACACGGAGACAACACACUCUCAU